AUGGUACAGUCAGUGGGCAAGAUGGCGCUGGCCAAGGUUGGUAGAUGUUGUCGGUCGUUAGUCCGUAAUCCCUCCAAGGUAGCGUUUUGUGGUGUUUUACAACCAGGUUGGAUAGAAGCUAGUGUUGGAGCCAAGAGGCAUCUGUUGUCCGAAGAUGUCAUCAAACUACAAGACUUUCAGCAAAGGAAGCUGGCUGUGGCUCAUCUCGUCACUGGAUCCAAAGGAAGUUACAUGGAGCUCUUCAGCCAGAAGAUGGACAGAAAUGAGCUGAUUCUGAAAGAUGAGCUGAAGCUUCUCCUUCACUUGUGCCAGUCUGCAGAUGACAUGGCGAUAGCAAGAGCUGCCAUUUGUAGGUAUCACGCAGAGAACCGGAACUUUGCCUACGGAGAGUUCAAGUUUGGUCCACUCUUUGUGAGGCUGUGCUAUGAGCUGGGUCUGGAGAGCUUGGCUGCUGCUACACUUACAGACGAGAAUAUGAGGGGAUUUUUCUGUGAAGCAACCUCCUUUAACAUCACCAUGGACAUGUUAUUCACCAAAGGCUCUUUUGAAAAUGCCUUGGUGGUACUACGGACCAUGAGGGAGCACGGCGUCCCAUUCAACAAGGACACAUUGACGCUGGCGACUGCUAUCUGCUAUAAAAUGAACACAGCAGAGUCCUACAGGAUAUGCACUGCUCUGAUGGAGGAGGCACCGAGCAAAGGGCACGCCACCCAGAGACAUGCUUACUGCUUUGCUGUAGCAUUCGCGCUGAGACAAAGUGACAUGGAAAAGGCACAGUUGUUGUAUGCACAAAUAAUGAACACUGACAGCAGAUUAUGCCAAAAUCUGAAGGUCCUAAUACUAGCAAUGUCAGGAGCGGUGGACGAUGCCAUUUCCAUCCUGUCUGCAGCCACGUUGGAUAAAAGUUCUCCUUUUGUAAGAAAGCCCGAAUUUUCUCAGGAAGUGGUGGAUUUGCUGCGCUUGAGGACUGAGGGCGGACCACACAUGAUAACAGUAGAGCGGAUCGUGACUCAUCUCGAGCGAGCCGAUCAAGUGACCCAGCAGACCCUCGAUGCCAUGCUCUGCCACACACCCACUGGGAAGAGGAAGCCAUCGCUGGUAAUGGACGUGAGGAAGACCAGUCAAAGGACUCUGAAGUCACUGCAGUCCAAUCUGCUGUCUGAGUGAGGGGAGCCGCACGUCAUUCCAAAGCCUGCGUCCAUGAAAGGCUGAAUGCAAUCAGCCAAACACUGACUGGUUUGAGUGGACUUUGUCCUUUUUACUGAAUCUACCUCUCCUUAAACACACUCAGUCCUCCCUCUGCAAACUGGACUUUUGUCUGGUUUUUUUUUGUUAUCCCUAGGUAAAUUGUGAUGAGAAAUGACCCAGUAGGCACUUAAUGAAAAGUUGCUGUGAGAAAUCGUUAAAAUAGGCAAGAAAUCCUUUCAUGGACGGAUGAACAGAUCUUGAGUGAUUUGGGAAGACUCCGUUGAAUAUAAAAGUGUGAAUGAGUGAUUAAAGUUUGGAUAUUCAAUACUA